CAUUGGUGUAGGUAUAGGUUGAAGCAGUUUCGUGAUCACAUUACAUCAAAUUUUUAAAUCUAAGGAAUAAAUUUGCACUAGUAUUUUUAUUAGCUAUGCAAAUGUUCAGUUAUAUUUCUUGUCGUUGAAUAUUUGAAAGUACUGGCUUUAUAUGUAACAUCCAGUGCAUUAUAUUUUAUACAGUAACACAGUAUAACAUAUUCCACAUGAAUCCUGCUGACCCAGGAGAAAUUUCUAAAAAACGUUUGGCAUUGGUAUGUGUCGAUUCAAGCAAGUACAGUGCCAAUACCCUUGAUUGGUAUUUCCAGAAUGCAUAUCAAGAAGGUGAUGAAAUUGGACUUGUGCAUAUUCAUAUCCCACCAAGUUUGAACAUAUGUGGAAAUAUAUUAACAUAUGCCUCCACAACUUCAGGUCAUGCAAUAUAUCAGCAUAAACUGGAUGAGAGUAUUGCAGAAUGUAAAGAUAUUGUCAACAAAUAUAAAGCCAAGUGUUUACGGAACAAUGUGGAACCAAAAGUGUUUGUGAAGUCUAUUGAAGAAUCUGUUGGACGCACCAUUUGCAUGAUUGCCAAGGAACAAGGAGCAUUUCUUAUUGUAAUGGGUCAACGUGGUUUAGGUGUAAUUAACCGCACACUACUUGGUAGUGUUAGUGAUUACGUGUUGCAUCAUGCUAAUAUUGCGUUAAUUGUUGUUCCACAAACAGAAAUGUAAAGAAUGAUGAUGCUGUCAUCCAUCUUAUAUUCUUAGUUACUAAGAAAUUUUUUUUUUGACAGUUCAAUAUACGAAUAAUGCUUUAUUUAUUUUUUAAAUAUUUUUAAAUGAAUAUUUUUUGUAUUGAAGGGAAUAAUCAACAUUAAUUUCUAAUCUUUUAUGUACAUUUUUCAGGUUAAUUUUAUUAAUUACUGUGUUAUUCUUUAGUGAAAGCAAAACAAAUAAAAUCAAUUCCCAUGUUUUGCUGUUGCAAAAAAAUUAUUGCACUUUAGUUGUUUGAAAAACUUUUUAAUUCAAUAUAUAUACUUAUUCGAUAUAUUUUAU